UAAUAGCUCGGUAUGUUGACUACCUCCACAAAACCCUGUGUCUGAGUUCCGAAGUGAACAGACACUAACUGUUUUCUUUGCAGUUGCAGUUGCUGCAAUGCCUACAAAGCUAUUCUCCCAACUACGUCUUCUCCAUCCCCUCCUCCCCAUGAAGCCCCGCACUCUCCCCCUUCUCUCCAGACCCUUCUUCUUCCCUUCCUCCAAGUUCCUCCGAACCUCACCGUUUAAGGUUCGCGCCUUCUCCUCCCGGGAGAAGGUUCCCCUCCGCCCCUCCAAGAGCCUCAUCGACGACGAGGCCGACCUCAGCAACUGGGUUGACGAAUUGCGCUCCGGCGGGCCCGAUGAAAUGCGGUCUGGCCGGGGCAAUGAAGUGCGGACCGGUCGGAGAGACCGGUUUGCCGAUUCUGGCCGGUUCAGCCGCGAUGACAGGGAACGCGAAUUCCGGCCGCCGAGGAAUAAUAACCGGGCUUCCGCGUUGGGGAAGAGAAGGGGCGAGGAUUUGAGGAAGGGGGGACAGAGUGUCGGUUCGAGGAGAAAGUUUCAACCGAGGAGUGAUGAUGAUGAUAACGAGGUAAUGAAUGGAAGAAAGUUGAAGGGUGGUGGCGUUGGAGCCUUUCCUAGCGAGGAUGAGGAUGAAGAUGAAGACGAAGAGAGUGAAGGGAGUGAGGAGGAAGAGAUAUUGAACAAGAGUAGAACCGCUUUGUUUGGUCAACAAAACGUUUUGAACCGGAGGAACACCGAACCAACUCCAAGACCUUCUUCUCCUGGAGGAGGAUCUGAUUCUUAUUUGAGUGAAACCAGAUUUGACCAAUGUUCAAUCUCCCCACUGUCAUUAAAAGGAGUCAAGGAUGCUGGAUAUGAGAAAAUGACGGUUGUUCAGGAGGCUACUCUUCCAGUAAUUCUCAAAGGUAAGGAUGUCCUUGCCAAGGCCAAGACAGGCACCGGAAAAACAGUAGCCUUUUUGCUUCCAUCAAUUGAAGUUGUGGCAAAGUCACCUCCAAGUGAUCGUGAUCAUAGGCGGCCACCAAUUGCUGUUCUUGUCAUAUGCCCAACUCGAGAACUUGCAAGCCAAGCUGCUGCAGAGGCCACUAAACUGCUGAAGUAUCAUCCUACCAUUGGUGUUCAAGUUGUGAUUGGAGGGACAAGACUUGCGUUAGAGCAGAAACGAAUGCAAGCAAACCCCUGCCAAAUCCUUGUUGCCACACCUGGAAGGCUUAGAGAUCAUACUGAGAAUACUGCUGGUUUUGCAACUAGGCUGAUGGGUGUGAAGGUCUUGGUGCUUGAUGAAGCUGAUCAUUUACUAGACAUGGGAUUUCGCAAAGACAUUGAGAAGAUAAUUGCUGCGGUCCCUAAACAACGACAAACUCUUAUGUUUUCUGCCACUGUUCCAGAAGAGGUCCGUCAAGUAUGUCAUAUUGCUUUGAGAAGGGAUCAUGAAUUUAUCAAUACAGUUCAAGAGGGAACCGAGGAGACACAUUCACAGGUCUGCCAGACGCAUUUAGUUGCCCCAUUGGACAAGCAUUUCUCUUUACUAUAUGUUCUUCUGAAGGACCACAUUGCAGAUGAUGUUGAUUACAAGGUCCUUGUUUUCUGCACAACUGCUAUGGUCACUAGACUUGUUGCUGAACUUCUUGGUGAGUUGAACUUGAAUGUGAGAGAAAUCCAUUCAAGAAAGCCUCAGAGUUACAGAACCAGAGUCUCUGAGGAAUUUCGGAAGUCAAAGGGUCUCAUCCUGGUUACUUCAGAUGUAUCUGCACGUGGAGUUGAUUAUCCAGAUGUCACUCUUGUUAUACAGGUUGGUUUGCCAGCAGAUAGAGAACAGUAUAUACAUAGACUCGGUAGAACAGGGCGAAGAGGGAAAGAAGGGCAGGGCAUACUGCUGCUGGCUCCUUGGGAAGACUUCUUUUUAUCUACCGUAAAAGAUUUGCCUAUUGAGAAAGCUCCUGUAGUACCUUCAGUUGAUCCUGACACCAAGAAAAAGGUGGAAAAAGCCCUAUCCAAUGUGGAGAUGAAGAAUAAAGAAGCAGCAUAUCAGGCAUGGCUUGGUUACUACAAUUCCAACAAAAAAGUGGGGCGUGACAAGUACAGGCUAGUGGAGCUUGCAAACGAGUUUAGUCGAAGCAUGGGGCUUGAUAACCCUCCAGCUAUACCUAAGCUAGUCCUUGGCAAGAUGGGCCUCAGGAAUAUCCCUGGUUUACGUGCAAAAUAGGUUAUUCUUUCAAUUCAAUUUCUGACAGGUCAUGUGAAAUAUGUAUUGUUUUUUAGUUAAAAUGGUGCCUUAUAUUGUAAGACUUGAGACAUCAAAUUUUCAAUUAUAUAUACAUCCAUUUUUUGUUUAUCUUCUGCUAUACCGAACUCAUUGCCUGGCAAUUGUAGUUCCAGAUUAAUUUAAUUAUAUCA